AUGGAAAUUGACCAGUUAAAGUCUGCAACAGAUCAAGAUGAGAUGGAGAUGAUGAUGAUGGUGCAGAUGGACAAGAUCCCCGAAUUCUACGGUACCUACAACGAUGUCGUAGAAUUGGCUCCAGCUGAGCUUGCUGGUGCAAGCAAUGGUUCCAAUAAUGGCAUCAGUGCCAUGACACAUUUUGUUCAAAACCCACAGGUUGGUUCACCCCCAUUCAUAAACCUCCCAAAUACUAUUCCGUUCACUGGUUCAACCCCGGUUCAGGAGCCAGGAGCUCCAGGUUUCUUGUCUAGCCCUGGCAGUGUAAGAUGGAGAGGAACUGCAGGGGAAUUAUUAGUUUCAAAUGCUUUUUCUACACCUUCCCAGAAGAAGAAUUCAAUGGCUGCAAUGAGGGAGAUGAUCUUCCGAAUUGCAGCCAUGCAACCAAUUCAUAUAGACCCUGAAUCUGUUAAGCCACCAAAGAGAAGGAAUGUAAAGAUAUCGAAGGAUCCUCAAAGUGUGGCAGCAAGGCACCGGAGAGAGAGGAUAAGUGAGAGAAUAAGGACACUUCAAAGACUUGUCCCUGGAGGAACCAAAAUGGACACUGCAUCAAUGUUAGACGAGGCAAUUCACUAUGUCAAAUUUUUGAAGAGUCAGGUUCAGUCAUUGGAGAGAGCCGCCGCUAACAGGCCAACUGGGAUAGGGUUCCCUGUGGCAAUGUCAAAUGGGAGCUUCCUUCCAAUGGGAAAGGCAUAUCAAACUACUCAAAACCUUCAGGAAUUUGGAGAUGCUUAGAAGAUAGCUCAAUAAAACAAGAGUCGUAGUAUGAACUCAUUUUUCUAGUGAAUCUGUUGAGAGUUAUUCGAAUGUAAAAAAA